AAUAUCGUUACACUUGCGCUCGCGUUUAUAGAUCAUUUCCACUGCUUCUUUACAAAAGCGCGCUCUCGAUCGCUGUGACUGCUUCAGUCGUACUGUUAUGCGGCGGGGGAACUGAUUGUUUUCCGUUUAGGGAAUUAAGAGGUAUAGUUCCGUUGAUGAAGUGAAACAAGCAUGAAAGUAGCUCUCAUUCGAGUGGGAUUCAGGAAUUGAAGUUCUUGAGGCUGUCGAUUUUCUAGAGGCAUUCCCCAACAUGUAAACAAUUGGUUGGCUGUUGGAUUCAUAGAAAAAGGAAGGUUGCGUGCGACUAUUAUAAAACAAAUGGCGAAAGGAGUGAAUUAGAAGCAAUUUAAAGGAGGAACUGAAAUUGCAUCAUCAAGCAAAGAGGGUGAAAUGAAAGCCAAUCCUCAAGCCUCAAGCAAAUUCAAAAAGGAAGGUAACUUUUUCUCCAUCUUCUUGCUUGUUUGUUAGAUAUGGAAGAAUCGAUAACUUCUUCUUAUGCUGAAAAAUGCACAGCCACAAAUCAGCAAACUUGUUAGAUGCCCAUUUGAUUCAAAACCCAGAAUCCAGAACCCAUCAUUUUGAAUCAAUGGAGGCACCGAGGAAGCUCGUCAGAAGAUCGAUUUACAGUUUCCUUCAGAAUUAUCAGUACUUCACCUCAAUUGUAGCUGUUCUGGCAUUUCCAUAUGCCAUCUCUGUUCUUCUUUCACAAGCUCUUCUUCUUUCUUCUUCUUCUCUUCUUCCAUUUACUUUUGAUCACUUGAGGACUCUAUUUGGUGCGGCUGGAUUCCCCACUUCUUCAAAAUUCUUCUCCAUUCUCAUUCAAAAGCUCUCUCAAACCAUCGUUUCCUCCAUCUAUUCUCUGCCCUUUUCUCUCACUUUCCUUUUGAUCUCAAAAGCCUGUGUAAUUCAAGCUCUCAAUCAGCAGAAACCCAAGUCGGUGCCUUCAUUUUCAUCCAUUAUACCCCUUUUUAAUCCGCUCCUUCUGACCCAUGUCUGCAAUGUAUGCGUUUACGUCUCUGCAAACGCUACCGUGUUUUGUAUGCUAUUUUUCGCCUUCAAUUGCCUCGAGGGAUUUGGGUGUUUUUCUCCCAAUUGCCUCCUGUUGGUGUCAGUUUUUGGGGCUUUUCUGUAUUCAGUAGCAAUUGCCAAAGCCAUCAUAAUAUGCAAUUUGGCAUGGGUUUUGUCCGGCAUGGAGAGGAAUGGGGGAUUCAUGGUGAUUCUUAAGGCUUGUGUUUUGAUUCAGGGGAGAAGCGCCACGGCCCUAUUGGUGGCGCUGCCUUUCAAUCUGGGAAUGGCGGCCACUGAAGCUCUAUUCCAGUACAGAAUAGUACGAGAUUACCAUUCCAGGGGGAGAUUGGGGCCUUCCAUGGUGCUGGAAGGAAUGUUUGUUGCCUAUUUGUACUCGGUUUUUGUUGUCCUGGACGCCAUUGUUAACACCAUGUUCUUCAAAAGUUGCUUGAUGGGUCCGGAAAGCAAGAGCUCUUUUUGCCUUUGGAUGGGUGUUGCUGAGAAGGACAAUGAAGGUCGCCCGCAUUUGAAGGGUUUUGAAGAACUUCCAUGAGAGAAUUGAAACAGACUCUCUUGUUAAUUUUUACUCUAGGGAGUCUGGAACUCACGAAUAUUUGCAAAAAUAUGAUUCGUUUAGCUGCUUAGAAUUACUGGGAAUCAGCUCUUUAGCCUUUUAAGCUCUGCAUUCAAAUUCCUAUUACUUUCAAGUUGUAAAUAACCAAUCUUUCAGGACAUUGGGAGGGGAUAUCCAUAUGGAUUAAGUUCUCUUUUAGUUUUCUUCACAGUAUACUUGGGUUUACUUGCU